AUGGCCCUCCUCUGGAGCUUACCAGAGGCAUUCUCUUGGACAUGUGAUGGAGAGUUUGAUUUGGGUUCUUGCAUCCAAAGGAGCAUAAUUGACGCAACCAACCUGCUUUUCCUCUGCGCUUUCUGCGUCUUUUGGAUUGCCGUCAGCCUUAGAAAGCGCAAUGCUAAUGGAAACAACACUGAGAGGGACUUCGUACUUGUUGUCGCCGCAGUGUGUUGCGCAUUUAGUGGCAUCGCGCACUUUGGUGUUGGCCUCCAGGGUUCUAUAGUUCAAUCCGACAUAACUAGACCUCAGAGCUGGUUGCUUCACUUUAUUAGAGGAUUGAUAUGGAUGUCCUUGACAGUUUCGUUACUUGCUGUGAAAUCAAAAUGGAUGAGAACUCUGGUCACUCUUUGGUGGGUCGCCUUCUCUUUGCUCGUCACAGCUCUCAACCUCAGGCUCUUGUUGGAUGGGCACGGAAUCAAAGUUUUAGACAUUGCGACUUGGCCUAUAAACUUCCUUCUCCUGUUCUGUGCCUUCAGGAUAUAUUUUGUGGUUCCCAAACCCAAAUCAGAUGAGAAAUUAUACGAACCUCUACUAGGUGCAAAGCCUUAUGAAUCCCGGUCACAGCUUGGCUGUGCCAGAUGUCUCAGCAAGUUGACAUUUUCUUGGAUUAAUCCAUUGUUACGCUUGGGAUACUCAAAACCACUAGAGUUCGAGGACAUCCCAUCUCUGGUCUCCGAGGAUGAAGCUGAUCUGGCCUAUCAAAAAUUUUCACGUGCAUGGGAUGUGGUUGUAAAUGAUCCAAAGGGGUCACAGAGCUACUUAAUUAUUAAGACCAUUGCGAAAGUAUAUUUCAAGGAGAACAUCUUCACAGGCUUAUGUGCUCUUUUCCGAAUGAUAUCCGUUGUUGUUUCCCCUUUGUUACUGUAUUGGUUCGUGAAUUACUCGAAUGAAGGCGCUGGAAAUUUGUCAGAAGGGUUCGUUAUUAUUGGGUGCUUGAUUCUUGCCAAGCUAGUCGAGUCUUUUUCGCAGAGGCAUUACUUCUUUAAUUCCAGGAGGUCUGGAAUGAGGAUGAGAUCGGCUGUUAUGGUAGCGGUCUACCAGAAGCAGCUGAAACUUUCGAACACCGGUAGAAAACGGCACUCAACAGGUGAAAUCAUGAAUUAUAUCGCAGUGGAUGCAUAUCGGAUGGGUGAAUUGCCUUGGUGGUUUCAUUCCACUUGGACCCUCACGCUGCAACUCUUCAUGUCCAUCGGUGUGCUCUUUGCGGUGAUCGGCAUUGGUGCUCUUCCGGCCUUAGUCCCGCUCCUCAUUUGUGGACUCCUAAAUGUCCCUUUCGCCAAGAUCCUCCAAAACUGCCAGUCCCAGUUCAUGAUCGCCCAAGAUGAACGGCUCCGGUCCACUUCAGAGAUCCUGAACAGCAUGAAGAUCAUAAAGUUGCAUUCGUGGGAAGAAAGAUUCAGAAACUUGAUAGAGUUGGGCCGUGCCACCGAGAUGAAGUGGCUGGCCAAAGCCCAGUUCCAGAGGGCUUUUGCAACUGGGAUUUAUUGGGUGUCUCCGACUAUAAUUUCUUCGGUGAUUUUCUUAGGUUGCGCUCUCUUGCAUAGCGCCCCAUUAAAUGCUAGUACUAUCUUCACAGUUCUUGCAACGUUGCGGGCGAUGGGUGAGCCUGUUAGAAUGAUCCCUGAGGCCCUUUCUAUAUUGAUCCAAACGAUGGUGUCCUUCAAUCGUAUUAAUGCGUUUUUGGUAGAUGACGAGCUGAAGAACGACAGAAUAAGGGCAGUCCCAUUAGAGGAUUCAUCUAGCACCGCCAGCAUACACAUUUUAUCAGGGAAUUUUGCUUGGGACAUGGACUCUCCACUCUUGACUCUGAAAGACAUAAACUUGGAAGCCAAAUGUGGGCAGAAGAUAGCAAUCUGUGGUCCAGUCGGGGCUGGCAAAUCAUCGCUUCUUCAUGCCAUACUAGGAGAAAUGACCAAAACUACGGGAACUGUUACAAUAUGUGGAUCAAUCGCUUAUGUUUCUCAAACUUCCUGGAUCCAAAGUGGGACGGUUAGGGACAACAUACUCUAUGGAAAACCAAUGGAUGCAGCCCGAUACAAGAAUGCUAUAAAAGCGUGCGCACUGGAUAAGGAUAUCAGCAGCUUCAGUCAUGGAGAUCUCACAGAAAUAGGCCAGAGAGGGCUCAACAUGAGUGGUGGACAGAAGCAGAGGAUUCAACUUGCUCGAGCCGUCUAUAAUGAUGCAGACAUUUAUCUUCUUGAUGACCCUUUCAGUGCGGUCGAUGCACACACUGCUGCAAUACUUUUCAAUGACUGUGUCAUGGGCAUGCUUGAAAAUAAGAUGGUCAUCCUAGUGACUCACCAAGUGGAAUUUCUCUCGGAUAUGGAUCAAAUUUUGCUGAUGGAGGAGGGACGUGUUACACAAUCAGGGAGCUACCAGGAGCUUUUGACAGCAGUAACAGCGUUCGAACAGCUUGUGAAUGCUCACAAAGAAGUUUUAACCACAUUUGGACCUUCAAACAGUGAAAUCCCCGGUGACAUUGCGAAUUCAAAUAUGGUCAAGCUCGAGGAAUCUAAAGAGACUGAACAAGGCGAGAUACCAGAGAAGGCCCAACUGGGAGGGCAACUUACAGAAGAAGAAGAAAAGGAGAUUGGUGACGCUGGGCGGAAGGCGUUCUGGGAUUACAUAAUGGUGUCAAAAGGAUCAACCCUUCUGUUUUUAGGCUUACUGACACAGUUAGCAUUUGUGGUGCUUCAGGCUGGAUCGACCUAUUGGCUAGCACUAGCUGUUCAGUUCCAGGACAUUGGUAGUGGCACCUUAAUCGGUGUCUUCACUGGGAUUUCGUUACUUAGUACCUUGUUUGUGUUCUUUAGAUCCUUCAUCAUAGCUCAUCUGGGUCUAAAGGCCUCCAAGGCCUUCUUUUCAGGUUUAACUGAUUCAAUAUUCAGAGCUCCGAUGCUCUUCUUCGAUUCUACUCCAGUGGGGAGGAUUCUGACCCGAGCUUCAUCAGACUUAAGCAUGCUAGAUUUUGACAUCCCAUUCUCCAUCAUCUUUGUGAUAGCUGCUGGAAUUGAACUUCUAGCUAUAAUUGGGAUUAUGGCCUCAGUCACAUGGCAAGUUCUCAUGGUUGCGACUUUUGCAAUGGUUGCUGCAAAAUAUGUUCAGGCAUACUACUUGGCAUCGGCGCGCGAAUUAAUAAGAAUCAACGGAACAACAAAAGCUCCCCUUAUGAACUAUACAGCCGAGACAUCCCUAGGUGUGGUCACCAUAAGAGCUUUCAACGCAGUAGACAGAUUCUUCUGCAAUUUCCUGAAACUGGUGGAUGCCGAUGCGAAACUUUUUUUCCACUCUAAUGCACUAAUGGAGUGGCUAGUUCUGAGAAUAGAAACACUACAGAACCUGACCCUACUCACUGCUUCUCUUCUUCUGAUUCUUCUUCCUAAGGGAAACGUACCUCCAGGACUUGUGGGGUUAUCUCUUUCUUAUGCUUUUACGUUGACGGGUACGCAUGUUUUCGUGACCCAGUGGUAUUGCCACUUGUCAAACUACAUUAUCUCAGUCGAGCGAAUCAAACAGUUCAUGCACAUACCAUCUGAGCCUGCAGCGGUCGCGGAGAAUCAUAGGCCACCGUCUUCAUGGCCAUCAAAGGGCCGGAUUGAGCUGCAAGAACUAAAGCUAAGGUACCGUCCCAAUGCACCACUCGUGUUGAAGGGAAUCAAUUGCACAUUCAAAGAAGGAAACAGGGUCGGUGUUGUCGGAAGAACCGGAAGUGGGAAAACGACUCUGAUCAGUGCAUUAUUUCGAUUGGUCGAGCCAGCAAGUGGGACAAUCUACAUUGACGGUUUAGACAUUACUUCCAUUGGAUUGAAGGACUUGAGGAUGAAGCUCAGCAUCAUCCCUCAGGAGCCCACUUUGUUCAGAGGCAGUGUUCGGACGAACAUGGACCCUCUUGGCCUUUACUCUGACCAUGAGAUUUGGAUGGCUCUGGAAAAAUGUCAGCUUAAGGCCACAAUUAGCAGCCUUCCGAAUCAGCUUGAUUCUUCCGUGAGCGAUGGAGGAGAGAAUUGGAGUGCUGGGCAGAGGCAGCUCUUUUGCCUGGGAAGAGUUCUACUGAGGAGGAACAGAAUCCUAGUUCUUGAUGAAGCCACGGCUUCAAUUGAUUCAACCACUGAUGCCGUUCUUCAGAGGAUCAUCAGGCAAGAGUUCCCAGAUUGCACUGUGAUCACCGUGGCUCACAGAGUCCCCACUGUCAUAGACAGUGACAUGGUCAUGGUCCUCUCUCAUGGAAAUCUGGUGGAGUAUGAGGAGCCCUCAAAGUUGAUGGAGACCAAUUCCUACUUCUCCAAGCUGGUUGCUGAAUACUGGGCAAGUUGCAGGAGAAGCUCCUCCUAUAAUCUUGGAAAUCAUCUCUGCUAA